AUGGCUCUCGUCAGGAACUUGGCUGCGCUCCUGUGCGUGGUGCUCGCCUCGCUCGCGUUCGUGAUGUCCCGCAUGUCUAAUGCUGCAGGUGAUUUAAGCAACGUGAAGCGAGACAGGCGUGUGACGGGCGCGGUGGCUACCGAAGCGCCGGCGAGCUCACUCGUUGAGUCGGCGGCCGACGCGCACAACGUGUUCGACGAUAUGCCCCAAAUGUAG